UCUUUUGAAGGCAUUUGUUUACAAAACACUCGACGCCUGAGUCGAGUCAAUACGCGGGGCCUCUCAUGGCGUACGUACUGUUGUGUUGGCAUGAGUGCCAUAGGCUUAGCAUAGAGGGGGACGGGAGGGCAGGCGUGCGUUGACGGCGUUAUUGAUGUCACUCUAACUGCCAUUUAAAUGUAUUGCGUCUCAAAACGUAUGGAAAUCGCAGUCAAUUCAGUGACCAUUGAGUGACAAUUGAGUGAAUGGUGUCUUCGGGCCGAAGACAUAGCGCUUUGAUUUGCAAUCCAUGUCUGCACUGAACGCGUGAUUAGUGGACAAAAACAAUGAGAAUAUCUGCCGAUUGUAUAGACGCUGAGGAGGACGACAACCACAACACCAAACAGACGGACCAAUUGAGUGACCAUUUGUCGGGUAUGUCUCUCAACGAAGACAUUCGUGUCAUAUAUAAGGCGAAGAACUCGACGACCGAUGGGUUUGUGUCGCUGUCGGUCAUCCCACUGACCAAACCGUACGCCAACACCGAUGGAUACCUUUCCCAUUGGCAUGAAGUGAAACAACAGACAUGUAAUGAGUGGUUGUGUCCGUCCGCACAGGUAUUGGAUCUCAACUUCAAGAAUAUGGCGAAAGUGCCGAAGAGUGCGGUGUUUAUGGCGCGCAUAGAGUCGGCCGGAUAUGAGGGACUCCUCACCACCGAAGACGACUACUUGACUGCUCUUAAGGUGAGUCCCAUACCACUCAUUGUCGCGUUGUUUAGCAAACGUAUCGUGGCAGAACUCUGCGGACAACCACUCGAUGUGAUGAUCAGUAAUACAGUGGACGAUAUAUGCGUUAAGAGUGGCAACACUUCCAGAGAUUCUGAUAAUAAGAAUAAAGAAUCGAAGCGAUCGUCCAUUGAUUCCAAUGGCAGCGCCGAACGGAAUGACUUUGUUUUGCUGGACACGAAUCCCGCGGACAUUGAGCCCAAGAGUAGGUCCGACUCAUCGACACAAUUGGACAACAAUUUUGUUGUGAUGACCAAAACCCAAAUCGAGAGCAUUAAGAAUGAGAUCACUAUCGAUGUCACGAAGCGAUUGAUCUCAAAGCUCACCGAAUGUCUCACAGAAAUGACAACUGAGAGCAUCGCUAACAGUGUGGCGAGCGGGUCGUCGAACACCAGUUCCACUGCCACCGCCGCACCCGACGCCCGACCAGAGCCGCCAAGGGCUGAGCCAAUGGUGGAGACGGCAAAAGUGGUCCACAGAGGCAUCAUAUGCGACAACUGCGACCUCCAGGUGGAGGGCGUUCGCUAUAAAUGUAUUAAUUGUUUGGAUUUUGAUUUAUGCGAGAAAUGCAAGCAAUUGCCGUCAGUUCACGACUCGAGCCACGCGUUCAACAAAAUCGAGCGAUACAUUUGCGGCAUUCCUCAGCAGCCGAUUCCCAAUCACUUGGACUUCUUGAAGCCCUUCCUGUCGGAGGCCACUAUCGAUCCGAACACUCGCGACGUUAUCCUCGCGCUGGACGUGGACCUAAGAAACGGAACCAUUAGUACCACUAAUGUCCCCAAAACUGUUCCCUCGAACUCGACCACCACUCAGACGAGCGGUCAAAAUGCGGAGUCAGACAAUCAAACGCAAGGCAAUGGCUGCACGAGCACUACCAAUGAAGGGGAAGGGGAGGCCAGUGGUGUCGGACCCCAAGUGCACCUCAGAAAAUACGUGUCCGAGAAGAAGGCCAACAAAAUCGCUAAGAAGUUGGAGAAACUAAAAUUCAAGAGUCAAAUGUAUAACAAUUUGUUGCAAUCGAGUGACGAGCGGACGACACUCUCGACCUAUGAGCGCAUCAAACAGUCGCCAUACGGCACACACAUUCAAAACCCGGCGGUCGCCACCAAUAAGAAGCUGUAUUUGAGUGGACUGUUGGUCGGCGACGAGACCAUACCUGAGGGCACACGAGUUCCGCCCAACACUCGCUUCCGCAAGACGUGGAAAGUGCGGAACACCGGAACCAAAGUAUGGACGGGUAGGACAACCCUGCGCUACGUGUGGGGACACCCGGAGUUGGAACCCUUUGGACGCGUCACUGAAGUACAGGCGCCGACCCUAAGACCCGGCGAAGAGGGAAGAGUUACCAUUCGUUUCACUUCUCCCAACCCAUCGACUCCCACCCGCUAUCAAAGCCAUUGGCGUCUACACCAUAGGGGACAGCCAUUUGGUCAGCGUUUGGAGUGCAAAGUGAUUGUCGACCCGUCGGCCGAUCCCAUGACACCGUUGGCCCCCAUUUUGUCGAAGGAUUCAAAGAGUACGGCAACCCAUCCUUUGGGAGCCGCCACGACCUCCAAAGCGGCGCCGAAGUCCAGUCUGAACGCUAACGGUUACUACGGUUUGGGUGCAACCAAUUGUAACCUCGAUUCCAUUGCUAACAUUCACGCGUCGAUUCUGGAGUCUCAGCGCCAUCUCAGCGAACGCCUCAAAGCCAUGGCUUACGCCAAACAGUCGGCGCUCAACACCACCAACAAAGAGAAGACCCAAAAGACUUCGGUUAAGAAACUGACGGAAGCGUUGACUGCCGUUAAAGAGAUUCGCUUCGACUUGGAUGAGAGCGAACCGAUUGCCAUGAGGUGUCCCGUGAAGUCGCACACCGCCACCCCCACCAACACCCCAUUCGACGUGUCGCCCCCCAAGUCGCCCGAACCCACGUCCGCCUCCAACUCGUUCACUCAACUCGAGUCACCCGAUAAGAGCGACUCAAACGAACCCAAAGACAAGAGUGAAGACAAACGCAAGGAAGAGGAAGAGGAAGACAAGGGCGAGGAGUCGGACAACGAGUCGUUGGAUGUGUUGAGUCUGAGCUCCGGCGAGAGUUCCGAUGAGUUUGUGUUGGUUCCCCUCCCGAGUUGUUUCGACCUCAACGUCCCCUUCUCUGGUGUCGACAACAAAGCCUUUGAAGACAUUAGAGAUGAGGACAGUCUGCGCAACAAAGACGACGACAAAUGCUUUGAAGUGAUCGAUGAAAAUAUGGCUAAAAAUGACGAAACACUCGAUUCGGACGAAGACAACACACAUUUAGAUGGAAACGCUUUUAUGGCUGAAAAUGUCGAUAUAUUGGACACAAACGAUCAAAUGACAACUCCAUUGGAUUUGACAACAGAUAAGCACUCGAAUAGCGAACAGUCGACUCCGGAAACGGAGAUUAAGGACUCAAACGCAUCGCAAACCGAAAGCGAGCCACAGGUGAGACCCAAAACGCUGAACGCGUCGACGAAUCCCUUUCGAAACGCGACCCCAAAUGAGACCGAAAAUGUGAUUCAUGUCCUGCCGGAGAGCAUAGUGACCGGCGCUCUGUCUACGGCCGCACACGUCUAUAACAGCGGCGCGAACUUUGCUUGGGUUACAUCGCCCCCACCGGCGGCCCUACCCUUGCCAGACAUGUAUUGGGACCGUCGGCCCCAACAAUAUUCAUACUACGAUCCUCCGGGCGCUCCCUCUGCACACAUGAGUGCCCCCAACGGACCGACCGUCGAAAAUACGACUUCACCCGUCGCUCCACACAUGACUGCGUCGACCCCAGGAUCGGCGUAUAUGACAUCACCGACCGCUCCGGUGGCUGCGCCCGUGAGCCCACCCGAAGAGGCGCCCACACGCCUGUCCAGUGCGUUGCGACAACUCUUUGAAAUGGGAUUUUGGAAUCAAAAGCUAAACGAAGAGUUACUCGAGAAGAAUGGUUUCGAUGUGAACGACACGAUUGAAGAGCUGUUGAGUCCCGAGAGGGGCCGUCGCCGUGGCAAUGGCCCCACCGCUGGCCCCCAACCAGUGGUCUCACAUCAGCCGCGAAACACUAGAAACGGAUUCAUUGAAGAGUUUGAUUGAUUGCCAUUUGUUUAACACUUCUAUUGUUUUGUUUUGCUAUUGAUAUGAUAAGUAUGAGUCGAUUUCAAGAAAACUAUUCAUUUUUUUCUCUAUUAAUCGUUGGAAACGUUUUUCAGAUAUUAUUCGUCAGUUUCUAUAUUCAAACGAAUAGCUCUCCAAAUAGUUAUUCAUUUAAUCCUAUUCUUAGUAUUAAUUAAAAGUCGUUUAUUGAUUGCAAUUAAUAUUGUAUUUAUAAAACAUAUUUGUGUUUUAGUUACGAAAAGCCAAUUAUUAUUGGAUUAUUUGAAUUCUAAUAUUUAAUACGA